GGUCUCCUGCCCUACUGGUACCUCUUCACCGCAGCCGCCGGAAUAUACAACUCUGCCCAGAAUAUGGCAGUCACCUGGCAGACCAAAGAGAUCUACUCGAAGCGCGCAGAUGAAGUGACACCGCUGGCUUGUAGAUUGGCCGCUACGUGGACGGGCCUUACUGGGAUCGUCAGAUUACUGGCAGCUUACAAUCUGAACGACCCGACCGUGUACAAGAUGGGACAAUCCACCUUCCUGAUCGCCCUCAUCCACUUCGCCUCCGAGCUCUUCAUCUUUCAAUCGAUCAAGCUGAACCGAGCGAGCAUCUCACCGCUCAUCAUUGCUCGUGAGUCCCGCAUAGCGUUUUCCCUCAUGACUACGGCGACCUUGCGCUGA